GAAUGACAAAGACUGGAAAGAAUGCCCUGAUUAUAUCACUGCAGGAGAAAAUAGCUGUUACUUCAACACAUCCUACACCUCUAUUUGGAUACCGUAUUGUGUGAAGCUUGCCCAUAAAGAUGAAGUGUUUGAUGAGAAAUGUUUCAGCGUUGAUGAAAUAGUACUACCUGAUCCUCCUGUCCACCUUAACUGGACUCUGCUGAAUACUAGUCAGACUGGGAUCCAUGGGGAUAUUCAAGUAAGAUGGGACCCACCACCAACAGCAGAUGUUCAGAAGGGAUGGAUUACUCUGGAGUAUGAAUUGCAGUACAAAGAAGUUAAUGAGACAAAAUGGAAGGAGUUAGAACCCAGACUCUCAACAAUGGUUCCACUGUACUCUCUGAAGAUGGGAAGAGAUUACGAGAUACGAGUCCGAUCAAGACAACGUACCUCUGAAAAAUUUGGGGAGUUCAGUGAAAUUCUUUACGUAUCUUUUUCUCAAACAGGCGUUGAAUUUGUUCAUUGCGCUGAAGAAAUUGAGUUUCCGUGGUUGUUAGUUGUUAUCUUCGGAGCAUGUGGGCUGGCCGUAACUGUGAUCUUAAUCCUGCUGUCUAAACAACCAAGGUAA